GCGACUACGACGGACUCUGUCAACCCCUGGAUUCGCGACCUGUAAUGGCUGUGGAAAACCUCAAGGAUGUUACUAUUGGCAUCUUAGCGCUGCAGGGUGCUUUUGUAGAACAUGAGAAGGCGUUGCAGCGGUUGCGGCUGAAGCGUAGGAUCACCGUACUCCAGGUCCGGACGCGUGAGGAGCUGGACCGCUGCGACGCGCUGAUUAUACCUGGCGGAGAGUCGACCACGAUCGCCCUACUUGCCCGCCUCGAGGGUCUUCUCGAGCCACUCCGCGAGUUUAGGACGAGGAAGCCGGUCUGGGGGACAUGCGCAGGUGCGAUAUUACUGUCGCAGUCGGUGGAGAACACGAAGAAGGGUGGACAGGAGGUGCUCGGUGGGAUGUCGAUCACGAUCGCGAGGAAUGGCUGGGGAUCACAGGUUGAGAGCUUUGAGGCACGGUUGCAGGUUGAAGGCCUGCGCGAUCCCGACGAGCCGUUCACUGGAGUUUUCAUCCGUGCUCCGGUCGUGCUCAAGAUCGAUCCCUCCCCAAACGAUCCUCCCGUGCAGGUUGUCGCCAGACUGCCACCUGGUCUCCUCCCACCGUCGCUUGCGUCCGACGACCCGGCUGACCCGAAGGCGAUCGUGGCACUGCGCCAAGGGCUGCACCUUCUGACGACGUUCCACCCCGAGCUGACUGCUGACGAUCGGUUUCACGAGUAUUUUGUGCGAGAGUGCGUGCUGAAGGCGCCUCCGCCGAAGGCGUGAGCGGGGGCUGGGCUAUGUCUGUGUCUCUGCAAGAGGAGGGGCGCAUAAUAUAAGGCAUACUACGUAUAGACCAUUCUUCUUUGUAUCUCAAGUAACCUCUGUCCUUCGACAUCUUCUGACUACCUCUACUGCUGCAUCCUCA